AUGUUCCGUCGCGCCCUCUCUACCUCCCUUGCCACCACCUGUGGAAUGCCCCUCCGAGCGUCCAUACACCCCGGGCGCUGCAACAUGCUCCCUCUCCAAGCGACCCGGGAUAAAACCACGGUCUCAAGUAUCUACACCGACAAAUGCUAUGCGCCCUUCGCCCACUACUCUCAAGCCAUCAAAGCCGGUACCCACGUCUGGCUCUCCGGCCAGAUCCCGGCCGACGCCCAAGGGAACCUGAUCAAGGGGUCUGUGACGGAGAAAACCCAGGCCAUCAUCCAGAACACGGAGGCUAUCCUCCAGAAGGCGGGGUCCGGGCUGGAUCGGGUGGUUAAGGUGUACGUGACCGACGCCAGCACCAUGCCCGAAUUCGCCAGAGUGUAUGACCCGGCGUUCCCGCAUCGGCCGGCUCGGUCGAUGGUGGAGGUGUCCAAGUUGCCGGCCGGGGUGGACAUUCAGGUCGAUUUCGUCGCGGUGAUGUAG